UUGUAUUCCCCAUUCAAAUUAAAAUUCACACAUCUCCUUUAAAAUUCCCAUCCCCACUUCUGUUUAUUUCUCCUAUGUCAUUAUAUUACUUCUAAGUGUUGACUACUCCUUUCAAAUGUUCAGUUCAACCAUUUAAACUCCUCUUGUUUUCACAUCAUGCAGUAUUUUUGUCAUUGUUAACUAAAUUCACUUAUCAAUAUUGAAAAUGUUGCACACCAACGAAGAGAAUAUUGUUCACGGCAAUUCAUCGCCUAAUGCCCUAAAAGUCCAACAACUUGAUCCUUCCAUAACAAGUUCCAAAAGCAAUGUUAGUCCUUGUUCUAAUAGUGAUAUCCCAAACCAACACCUUUCGAGUCCAUCUCAUCUUUCAGUUCUUCAAACAUCUUCGUACACAGUUAUCCUCAAGUUUGAGGACGUGGCAUACUCUAUCAAGACAGAAAGCAAUGUGGGGAGUUGUUUCUCUUCGCCGUCUAAACGGAACAAAACUCGAGUCCUGCUCAACGGCGUCAGCGGGACCGUUAACCCCGGCGAGCUGCUGGCAAUGCUUGGCCCGUCCGGAAGCGGAAAGACGACUCUACUAACGGCACUGGCCGGAAGGUUACCGGGGAAAAUCUCCGGCACCGUGAGUUACAACGGCCAGCCGCUUUCGAGCUCAAUGAAACGGAAGAUAGGGUUCGUUAGCCAAGACGACGUUUUAUACCCUCACUUAACGGUCAAAGAGACGUUGACUUACGCUGCUCUGUUACGGCUACCGAAAAAGCUUUCAAAAGCAGAGAAAACAGAGCAAGCUGAGCUGGUGAUCAGGGAGCUCGGCUUAACGAGGUGCCGGAACAGUAUGAUCGGCGGCGCUUUGUUCCGGGGGAUUUCCGGCGGAGAGAGGAAAAGGGUCAGCAUUGGGCAAGAAAUGCUGGUGAACCCGAGCUUGUUACUUCUCGAUGAGCCGACUUCGGGGCUCGACUCGACCACGGCUCAGAGGAUCGUUGCGACAUUGCGGUGGCUGGCUCGGGGCGGUCGGACCGUCGUCACGACGAUCCACCAACCUUCGAGCCGGUUGUUUAGGAUGUUUGAUAAGGUACUGGUUUUGUCCGAUGGUUGCCCCAUUUAUAGUGGCAGGGGAAGCUCUGUGAUGGAGUAUUUUGGGGCCAUGGGAUUUGUUCCUGCAUUUAGCUUCAUGAAUCCUGCUGAUUUUCUGCUUGAUCUUGCCAAUGGUAUAGCUCCUGAAACAAGACAGGAUGAAGAACAUGAGGUUGGAAGAUCAGACAGUGGUGGCCACCAAAAUUCAAUAAAAAAAUUCUUGAUUUCCUCCUACUCUAAGAGUUUCAAUGCCAGCAAAGAGGAUAUGGACAAUAGUCUCUAUGACUCAACUAGGCCGAGAAGCAAUUUGCCAUCAAGAAGUAACGAGGAACAAUGGACUACAAGUUGGUGGAUGCAGUUCACGGUUUUGUUGAGCAGAGGACUAAAAGAAAGAAGACAUGAAUCUUAUUCCUUUCUAAGGAUUUUCCAAGUCAUGGCUGUCUCUAUCCUGGCUGGGCUUUUGUGGUGGCAUUCUGACACUAACCACAUUCAAGAUCAGGUAGGGUUGCUGUUCUUCUUUUCCAUCUUUUGGGGGUUCUUCCCUAUGUUCAACGCCAUAUUUGCAUUCCCACAAGAACGGCCAAUGCUAACAAGAGAACGCUCCUCAGGAAUGUACCGCCUCUCCUCCUACUACUUCGCCCGAACCGCGGGCGAUCUACCAAUGGAACUCAUCCUUCCAACCAUCUUUGUGACCAUAGCCUACUGGAUGGGAGGCCUAAAGCCUUCUCUCAUCACAUUCUCAGCAACUCUCUGUAUCAUUCUUUUCAGUGUGUUAGUUUCUCAAAGCCUAGGGCUGACACUUGGCGCGAUCCUAAUGGACGUCAAGAAGGCUGCCACUCUUUCUUCAGUGGUCAUGUUGGUGUUCUUGUUAGUUGGUGGGUACUACAUUCAGAACAUGCCUCCAUUCAUCAUGUGGAUGAAGUAUGUCUCUUUUAGUCAUUACACUUACAAACUUUUGGUUGGAGUUCAGUACACAGCCAAUGAGUUUUAUGAGUGUGGAGUUGGGAAGAAAUGCAGGGUUAGAGAUUUUGAAGGGAUUAAGUGCCUUGGCAUUGAAAACUUGAUGAUGGAUGUGGCUGCUUUGGGUGCCAUGUUGGUUGGGUAUAGGGUCUUGGGUUAUGUGGCCUUGAGGAUUAGAUGAAGUUCAAUUCCUCAUCUGUGUUAUAAUAAUGUUAUCAAGUUACCAAGUCAGAUAUUAUUAGGUAGUAAUAUAAUAUUGCAUCUACUAGUGUAUUAUAACCAAUGACCAAUGUAUUAUGUGAUGAGAAAUGUAUUUUAUUGAUAAUAAUUCAGUGUACGUACAUUUUUAUAAAUAUAAUUAGAAUGGAGAGUUUCAAUGGGACUGUAUAAC